GGUCCUAUUCCCGUUGUAAACACAUCGCUCUGGGUGGUGGUGUGCCUUACAGUUAUAAAUAAUUAAAAACAACACAUUUUUCAUUUCAGUAUUUUUGCAUAUAGUUUAUCGCUAAGAAUGAAGAAGUUUUUCGAGGACAUCAAGAAGGAUAUAAAGUUCAAGUCAGCUGGGCCAGGAAAGAAACUCACAGAAGACUCGAGCUCUCGACCUGAAGCCUCGCAGGCUGCUCACAGUAAAGGAGCGUCCAGGAAAGCUCCCAAUAAAGGCGCACAGAUGGCAGGGGCCGCAGCCCUCGCCCGCAUCGAGCAGCAGCACCGGCCGAAAGUGCAAACCUCACAGGACGCCAUAAGGAAUCAGGUGAAGCGAGAACUUGAAGCAGAGGCGGCUGCCGUAGCGGCCAGUCAGAACAACACAGAUGUCGAGGCCUCCGGGGUUCCACAGAAGGAUCCGUCUUGUUUCUCAGUGGCGGGAGUUUUCUUCACCUGCCCUCUUACUGGAAAAAUCUUAACAAAGACUGAAAGAGAGAUGCACAUCAAAGAAGCCAUUCUUAUGAGGUUCUCAGAGGAUGUGAUGGAGGCCUCCGUUAUGAUGAUUCACACCUUUAAUAAAGACAAAGAGAAAGUGAAGGCUGCCAUUGACAUCAUUAGCAAGUACAUCGAAAACAUCUGUAAGAAUCCGACUGAGGAAAAGUAUCGGAAGAUCAAAGUUAGCAACAAGGUGUUUCAGGAGAAGGUCAGUGUGAUUGAAGGAUCUCGUGAGUAUCUUCAGGCCCUGGGAUUUGAAAGCACCGCACUGCCGGUAGACGGCGAAGAUAGGACUGAGGAGUACCUGGUGUUGCCGCCACAGGAACCGGACGCUCUGGAGCAGAUAAAGGUGGAUUUGGAGCUGCUGCAGAAGGGCGAGCCAAUCAGAGCGAAGCUGGACCGCCAACCGCAGGUCUUCAGACCCUCCCAAAACGCCACAAACUUCGAGUUGCCCCCAGACUUCUACAAUCUGACCCCAGAAGAACUGAAGAAAGAAAUGCAACUUAAGAAUGAAAUCGUGGAGAGAAACGCAAUGCUGCGAACGAAAGCCAUGCGUGAAAAAGAUGAGCAGAGAGAGAGAAGAAAGUACAACUACGCCCUUCUGAGAGUGCGGUUACCGGAUGGAAAUAUACUCCAGGGCACGUUCCUGGCAUGGGAGAAAGUGACAGCGCUGUACCAGUUUGUGCGUGAUUCGCUGGAGAACGGCUGGCAGCCCUUUGAGCUGGUGGUUCCUGGAGGACAAAAACUCAAGGACGACGAGGAGUUUGCUCUGAAUGAGUGCAACCUGGCCCCAGCAGCUCUGUUGAUUUUCUCGUGGGACGCCGCAGUGCUUUCAGACAUCGCGGCCGCGGGAGGAAAGACUGCUGUUCUGCUUAAAGCAGCGUUAUUAGAGAACAUCAAGAGCAUGAGCUGAACAUAGUCUUGCUGUGUCUCCCUGGUCACUGCUGUCCCGCCUGCGUUCUCUUGCCACUCCUAGUGAUUUUCUCUCCCAUCGUCCACAACUCCACAGGAUUGGUUGAGUCCACAACAUGUGCUAGGUGGAUUUAUAUGGUGCUAACAACAGGAGUUGUUUCCUGUCAGUGAUGUAUUAUGGGAAGUGUUAGCACCUUAAGGGCCAAUUUCUAAACAGUCUGUCCUAUUAUAAUGCAUUGUUGCUUGAAGUAACAUGACCAGUCAUCAUAUGAUAACGGAAGAAGCUCAGUUUGCACACUGCGAUGCUGUCAGACUGGAAAUGGUCUGCGAGUGGCUCUGUUGUAAUCUUAAGCACUUUUUAGCUAUUGCUUAGAGAGAAAUGUUGAUUAACGUACCAUAAAAUCUCAUUGUGACAACGGUUUGAAAUUGAUCUAACAUGAGCACUACCAAGUUCA